GAGGAGACCGGCCUCACACAAACAGGCGCAUCGUGGUUGUAUCGCACAGGGCAACGAGACGCCUGACGGCCUGACAGAGAGGAGCGCAGCGGCGCGGCGACCCGGGCGCCGGAGUCCGGAGGGGAGGGGAAGAGGCGAUGGCGGCAAUCGGGUCCUCCAACAUCGGAUUCCAGCUGCUGAAGAAGUCUGGUUGGAAGGAGGGCACUGGCCUUGGAGCGCAGGAGCAGGGAAGGUUGGAGCCUGUAGAAACUCGUGUUAAGAAUAACAAGCGUGGUUUGGGUUCUAAAGAACCAAAACCAAAGCCUAAGGUUGAGGAUGAUGUUGAAACAAAUCCUCAAAAGCCCAAGCAGGAGGUGCCGUCAAAGAAAAGGGCAAAGUUAGCUGCAAAGAGGAUACGAAAGAUGCAAGAAGAGGAGAAGCGCUUGAAAGAGAAGGAAUUCGAGAUGGCUUUUUUCAGGGAAUUUUGGCCUGAUAAUGUGUAAGACAGAAACUUCAAAAAUUGACAUUGUAGCUGCUGACCUUGCCUGAUAUGGCGAAUGUAUGGCUUGCCAAAUGCUUAACAAGUUUUGCAACCGUUGUCAUACUGUCAUCCCAGUUGUGCUGGCCACCAAAAUGUAGCCAUCCAGUCCGUGGAUGAUUUCGCACAUGAUUUGUGGCUAGGUUGGCACAUAGCUAUUCAUCCAUGUAAUGGACAAAUCCAGUGUAGAAUUUUUCAGACCAUAUGAUCUUCUAAUUUUUGUACAUGAUAAAUGCUGUUCUUUUUUCACAAUAUUUUGCCUUGCCAAUACAAAGUUUUAUAUGGCUCA